AUCACGUCGAUCCCUCUUUUCGUCCCGGCCCCGGUGAAGUACGGGAACCCGGAAGGGCCGGGAACGUAGGCCCGCCUCCAGCGCGACUACAGGCGGGAGGGCAGGGGUAGCAGCUAGUGGAUGGACUGGGUAGUCGACCAGCGAGCCGCAUGGAGGUCCCAGCGGGGGUCAUCAACGCCGAGUCCGGCUGGUUUGUCUCUACUCAGGAGGCUGAAGAGGCGGAGGCGGAAGAGUCUAGCCCGUUGCUUAGCAACGAAGUUCACACACAGAGAUCCCGAGGUGCUUCAUUUGGUUUCUCAGUGUUUAAUUUGAUGAAUGCCAUCAUGGGAAGUGGCAUCCUUGGCUUAGCUUAUGUUAUGGCUCAUACUGGUAUCCUUGGAUUUAGUUUCUUGCUGCUGAUAGUCGCUCUCCUGGCUUCUUACUCAGUUCAUCUCCUGCUUAGCUUGUGUAUUCAGACAGCUGUGACAUCUUAUGAGGAUCUUGGACUCUUCGCAUUUGGAUUACCUGGAAAGGUGAUGGUGGCGAGCACCAUAAUAAUUCAGAACAUUGGAGCUAUGUCAUCCUAUCUUUUAAUCAUUAAAACAGAACUUCCUGCUACUAUAUCAGAAUUUUUAUCUGGAGACUACAGUGGGUCUUGGUAUCUUGAUGGAGACACACUACUAAUAAUCGUUUGUGUUGGCAUUGUGUUCCCUCUCGCACUUCUUCCUAAAAUAGGCUUUCUUGGCUACACAAGUAGUUUAUCAUUUUUCUUUAUGGUGUUCUUUGCUCUUGUGGUAAUAAUUAAAAAAUGGUCCAUCCCUUGUCCUCUGACAUUAAAUUAUGUAGAACAGUAUUUCCAGAUUUCAAGUGCUACAGAUGAUUGUAAACCAAAGCUCUUUCAUUUCUCCAAAGAGAGUGCUUAUGCCAUACCAACCAUGGCUUUUUCAUUUCUAUGCCACACCUCAAUACUGCCCAUAUACUGUGAACUUCAAAGCCCUUCUAAGAAAAGGAUGCAGAAUGUAACCAAUACAGCAAUUGCUUUAAGUUUUCUCAUUUAUUUUAUAUCUGCACUCUUUGGGUACCUCACUUUUUAUGACAGUGUGGCGUCAGAAUUACUGCAAGGUUACAGUAAAUACUUGCCACAUGAUGUUGUCAUCAUGACUGUGAAGUUAUGCAUACUAUUUUCUGUGCUUUUGACAGUCCCUCUAAUCCACUUCCCUGCAAGGAAAGCUUUAAUGAUGAUGUUUUUUUCCAAUUUUCCGUUCUCAUGGAUUCGCCAUUCUUUGAUCACUCUAGCUCUCAAUAUUGUCAUUGUUUUACUUGCAAUAUAUGUUCCUGACAUUAGGAAUGUAUUUGGUAUAGUUGGUUCCAGUACAUCAACGUGUUUGAUUUUUGUGUUCCCAGGACUGUUUUAUCUUAAAAUGAGCAGAGAGGAUUUUCUCUCAUGGAAAAAGUUGGGGGCAUUUGUUUUGCUCAUCUUUGGUAUUUUGGUUGGUAAUUUUAGUUUAGCACUCAUUAUUUUUAAUUGGAUUAAUAAAUGAAGAAAUUAUUUUCCCA